AUGGCAAAGGCAAAGGCAUAUGACAGAAUGGAGUGGUCUUUUCUCCGUCAGAUGCUUUUGGCACUGGGCUUCGCUGUUGAAUGGGUAAAUCUGAUAAUGCUAUGUGUUUCCACAGUGUCCUAUAAUUUUUUGGUAAAUGGUAAUAAUGUUGGUCAGGUUGCUCCUACAAGAGGUAUUAGGCAAGGAGAUCCACUUUCCCCUUACUUAUUCAUUAUUUGUGCUGAGGGCCUCUCUUUGCUACUACAACAAGCAGAGGCUCAAGGUUCUUUUCAUGGAUGCAGGGUAGCCAGGGGUGCUCCUCCUAUCUCACAUCUGUUUUUUGCGGAUGACAGUCUAUUAUUUUUCAGAGCUAAUGCUGAAGAGGCAGGGGUUAUCAAACAGUGUCUAACUCACUAUGAGGCUAUGUCAGGCCAAGCAGUUAAUUUUCAUAAGUCAAGUGUAUGUUUCAGUAGGAACACCUCAGAAGCAGACAGGGAUGGUGUGGCAUCAGUAUUAGGUGUUGCUCAGGCACCCAACUUUGGGAAAUACUUGGGACUUCCUUCUUUCAUUGGGAGGGAAAAAAGAGCAGUUUUUUCAUACAUUGAGGAUAAAAUUAAACAAAGGAUUGGAUCCUGGAAUAAGCGACUGAUUUCUCAGGCAGGGAAGGAGGUAUUGCUUAAGAGUGUUGCCCAGUCCAUGCCCACCUUUUCAAUGAGUGUAUUUCUGUUACCAGAUUCAGUUUGCUCGUCUAUUGAACGAACAAUGAAUAGGUACUGGUGGGGCACGGGGAAUGAAAGAGGUAUACAUUGGAAGGCUUCGGACAGAUUGUGCAUCCCAAAGAAAUUUGGUGGUUUAGGAUUUAAGGACCUCAGGGCUUUCAAUCUGGCGAUGUUAGGGAAACAGGCUUGGCGAUUCUUAACAAGGCCACAAUCCCUUGUCACAAGAAUCUAUAAAGCAAGGUACUUUCCCAAAACAUCUUUUGUUGAGGCUACUUUGGGUGGUAAUCUAAGUUUCUGCUGGAGGAGUAUCAUGGCUUCCCAUGAGUUGGUCUGCAGUGGUAUACGGAGAAGGAUUGGUGAUGGGAGAUCCACUCUAAUCUGGGGGCACCCAUGGCUGCCUGAUGACCCAACCCCUAUGGUCCAGUCUUCCAUGCCCAAUGAACUUAAUGGCUCUCUUGUUUCCGGAUUAAUCGAUCCCGGCUCUAGAUCAUGGGAUAUCUCUAUUUUGGAAGACUUGUUCACCCCAGCUGACAUUGACCGCAUUAUGUCAGUUCCAAUUAGCCCACAUCAUGAAGAUUCCUGGUUUUGGUUGGAUGACCCGAAAGGGUGUUAUACAGUGAAACAAGGUUAUAGGCGUAUUAUGGGAGACAUUGCAUUUCAACCCGGGGCCUACGAUAAAUGGUUACAUCUUUGGAAGAUUAAGUGCCCUACUAAAUGGAAAAUCUUUAUAUGGAGAGCUCUAUCUAAUAUUCUCCCCACUACUACCAAUCUCAUUUUAAAGAGGGUGGAGAUUGAUCCAACAUGUCCAAUGUGUGGCACUUUUCAUGAGAGCAUCAUGCAUUCUUUAAUUUUGUGUGAAUUUUCAAGACUUGUUUGGCAUGAGAGUUCUUUGCAUAUACCUAGUGUGAUUUGUGAUGAGUUUCUUGAUUGGUUUGAGAAUGCCAUUACCAUGCUCACCAAUGAAGACAUGUUUGUUACUCUAGCAGUGUUAUAUCACAUUUGGAGGGCCCGGAACCAUGCUGUUUGGGAUGGUUUCCUUCCGACGCCGGCUCGGGUGUGGCGAGAAGCCAAUGCCGCUGCUGCUGCCUGGAGGAACGUCCACGGCUCACAGUUUCCGCACCAGCCUCAGACGCCCACGCUGCCGAUGCCUGGAGACGGGGUGCCGCGCUGCCUCUUCGACGCCGGCUUUCGGAGUCAGUCCAGAACUACCACUGUUGGAGCAGUGCUGCUGGCGGCCUCUGGCGAGUUCGUAGCCUCCAACGCUCAGCUUCCUUCUUGUUUUUCGCUCCUCAUGGCGGAAUCGUUGGCGUGUAAGGAGGUUUUGUCUUGGCUCAAAGACCGUGGACUACCGGCUGUGUGCAUUCUUACGGAUUGUUCCACGCUCAGGGACUUGCUUGUUUCGAAUACCACGGGGCUCUUUUCAUAUGUUGAUUUUUCAGUUGAAGCUGCUAAAGCUCUUAUGUUAUCUUUUGAAUUUUGUUCGGUUUCUUUAAUUCCUAGAUCUCAGAAUAGGGGUGCUCAUGCACUAGCCGCUGCGGCAUUCUCGCAGGGGGCUCCUAUGUACUGGGACUCUGUCCCUCCAAACUCUAUUGCUCAUUUGAUAUAA